AUGGCGACCAACUGCACCCAUACGAGUAUGAACGUGGACGCCUCGCUUAGACACAUCCGACAGACGCUGCACGACGACGGUGCCCUGACACUGAUCGAAGUGGCGAAGACAUGUUCUGGCUCGAUAUCGUCGUCGGGCUGCUUGAGCCCGCCGGAGUCAAUGCUCGUCUUUUACACCCCGACCAAUUACGAGGACGAGUGGCAUCCGGGGCGGGCCCAUCACCAACUACAAAAUGAUGGGACGAGGCUGCGAGGACGCACGCCGAAGUCGCGGAGCCCUCCCUCGAAAUUGGGGGCCUAUAAUGUGCCCACGUUAUUCAUCCACGGCACGGCCGACGACCUGAUCCCGUGGCAGCAGAGCCAGGGGAAGCACAUGGUCAUGGUCGAGAGGGGCCUCCAGAGCGAGAUGGUGCUCCGCAUAUCUGCGACCUGA